CGCUGUCGGACUUUGACGCGUUCUCUGCGUUUCAAAUGACACAUGAGCAUCCAUGGGCUAAGCGCGCACCUUUUUUCUUGGAUCAGUCCGAGAAGCGCUUCCAGAUGGAAGAGCGUUGGCGUUUACAAUCCUCGUCAGCAUUUCGCGUCAACGUUGGUCGAGACACGUCAGAUGAAUAAGUUUUUGCAUACAUGCGAUGUUGAUGCUGAGCCUUUGCAUCGCUACCGACGGGAUGGCUAUCACUCUAUUCACCUGGGAGAUCGCUUGAAAGAUGGGAGGUACAGGAUACUGCACAAAUUAGGCUGGGGAGGUUACUCGACUGUCUGGGCUGCAAGAGAUCAGGAGUUCGCCUUUCCCAGACCCUUGAUAGUUGCGAAGCUUAAAAUGUCCAGAGAGCAACGAUAUGUCGCAGUAAAGAUCUCAGUCGCAGAACGAAGAGAAAGGAACCGAGAAUCCAGCGUCUUACGUACAAUAGCAGCCAUCCAAUCUGAGCAGCCUGGCUCUCAACAUCCAAUGCCAAUGGUGGACCACUUCCAACUUGCUGGACCAAAUGGAACCCACGACUGCCUCGUGCUUGAAUUGCUCGGGCCAAGUGUCGGUGAUCUACUUGAUGCACGCUUUCCUGAUGGGAGACUCCCUGGAAGAUUUGCAAAGAACAUUGCAAAACAGGCUCUCCGCGGCCUAGAUUACCUGCAUCAACAAAAUAUCGGUCAUGGAGAUCUCCAUAUCCGCAAUUUGGCCUUCACUAUCCCUUCCACACAUUCGUUACCGGAGGAAGAGUUCCUCCGGAAGCUGGGGGAACCCGAAACUGGCUUGAUCAGAAGGACAGACGGAAAGCCACUGGAGCCGGGCAUGCCUAAUUAUCUCGUCAGGCCUACCUCCUAUCCUGCAGAUCUCUCAUUGUCUUCCCAUCUGAUCAAAAUUGUUGACUUCGGUGAGUCUUUCUUGAGCAACGACGUUCCCGACACGCUUCAUACACCGCUUCCUGUUCGAGUACCUGAGGUCAUAUUCGGAGAUAAGUUGGAUUACCGCGUAGAUUUGUGGAGUAUGGGCUGUAUGCUUUUCGAGCUCGUAGUCGGGCAACCACCGUUCGACAGCAUCAUGACGACCCCUACGGUGCUUGUCCGCCAAAUGCUCGAGAUGGCCAGCGACGAACUGCCCGAGCGUUGGCAACAAACAUGGUGCGCCAUGGACAGCGCGUCACCUGGGGAGCAAUCCGAUUAUACGCUUCAAGGGUGGCUGGAGGAAAUGUAUUUUGAUGGGGAGAGGAACGAGGAUUUGACUCAGGAAGAUAUACGCAAAGUAGGCGAGCUGGUUCGAAGGAUGUUGCGGUUUGAGCCUUCAAUGAGGGCGUCGGCGAAGGAGAUUCUUCAAGAUUCUUGGUUUCAAGGAGAGUAAUACAGCACUAAAGAUGGGGUAUCACAACCUUGAUUUUCACACCGGUGGAGCUGUAAGUGCGACCACCCGUGAGCCCUGCCUUCCCGCUGCGGCAGUCAAAGCAGUCAUUCCAUGCAGCGUAUACUGGAUGAUGGUUGCCACUCCAAAGGGUCCGACCAGAUGGAAAUACUCUCAUGAUGUGCUUGCGCUCAGGCCUCCUAGGAUGUUCUCCAUCUCUCGGCCUUGCGGGCAAUUUUUCGGAUCAACAUCCACCUUAUCUCCAAUGCGCCGAAAGUAGCUAAUGUCGCCAACCACCGACAAGAUCUGAAGACUCGAGUAAGACAAAAAAGGAUACUAGG